AUGGCUGCCAUGCCCCGGACUGUGUUGAUCUCCGGCUGCUCCACAGGGAUUGGCCUGGCACUUGCGACGAUGCUGGCUCAUGACCCCCUACAGCGUUACCAAGUGAUAGCCACCAUGAGGGACCUGGGAAAGAAAGGGAUGCUGGAGGCAGCUGCCGGGAAAACUCUGGGCCACACACUCACUGUGGCCCAGAUGGACGUGUGCAGUGAUGAGUCAGUGGCCCACUGUCUCAGCUGCAUCCAGGGAGAAGUGGACGUGCUGGUGAAUAAUGCUGGAGUGGGCCUGGUGGGGCCCCUGGAAGGGCUCAGCCUCGCUGCCAUGCAGGAUGUAUUUGACACCAACUUUUUUGGAGCUGUCCGUCUGGUCAAAGCUGUGCUUCCUGGCAUGAAGAGAAGACGACAGGGCCACAUUGUGGUGGUCAGCAGUAUCAUGGGGCUUCAGGGUGUCAUGUUCAAUGAAGUCUACGCAGCCUCCAAGUUCGCUCUGGAGGCAUUCUUCGAGAGUUUGGCUAUCCAGUUGCUCGAGUUCAAUAUCUACAUCUCCCUGGUGGAGCCAGGCCCAGUGAUCACCAACUUUGAGAGGAAAAUUUGGGAGCAGGUUUCCACCUCAGAGUUCCCAAGCAUGGACCCCGAUACCCUACACUACUUCCAAGACUUUUACCUCCCAGCCUCUGAGGAAAUUUUUCGCUCCAUAGGACAGAGCCCACAAGAUGUAGCUCAGGUCAUUGUCAAGGUCAUCGGCUCAGCCAGACCAGCCCUGCGCAAACAGACCAAUGCCAGAUACAUCCCAUUGACGGCACUCAAGGCUGCAGACCCCUCAGGCAGAGUGUACGUGCAAACAGCCCACCGCCUGCUCUUCCGCUGGCCACGCCUCCUCAGCCUUGGCCUCAGCUGCCUGGCCCGCAGUUGUCUCAGCACGCGGGUAUGGCCCAGAAGAACAGAACAGAGUCCUGAGAUCCCCUGA